GUUUUUUGUUUGGGGCAGAGAAUGAGCAUGUUUCUACACUAACCCCAGAUACUGACCGCGGGCAGCUUUUCAGGGAGAGAGAAGAGCACAAAAAUGGCUUCAUGAGACAAGCCGUCAGAUGGGUUCGGGCAAUGCUGCCUCCACCGGGUACCCUAUAGAUCCACACCACUUCCCCAAGUCCCCAAAUUGAGUCUCCCUUGAAUUUUGAGCACCAAAAGGAAAAAACUUCCCUUCCCUUCUCCCCUUUAUUGCCUUCAAAAUUCCUCAUUUUACUCUGUCACCCACAAUGGGAUUUUGUUAGAUACAUACUUCAUCUUCUUCAUCUCUACUCUAUUUAUCUACAUUGCUUCUUUUUGCUUCACUUUCAAUCUCAUUCUACCCUUUCGCCCUUCCCCCAUUUGGAUUUUGCCUUUCUAUUUUCUUAUCUCCUUUCUUUUUUACUCUGUUUAUCCCUUAUUACUUGUGGGAGUAUUGGGAAAAUUUGAACCCCCAUUUGGUUGAUUCCCCUUUGUGGGUGGUUUUGGGUUAUGACUUCCUGUUUGGGAGGUGGGAAAAUCAGAAUGCCAAGAAACAGAGAUUUUCCUUGUUCACCCCUUUUCUUCUCUCUCUCUUGCUCCCUUGAUAGAACAGAGGAUUGCCCAUUUGAUUAUAUGUUUUUAUUUAUUUGGACUUGAUUGUUGUACACCAAGGGGUUUGUGUUUUUUUUUCCCUUCUGAAAUCGGUUUUGAGCAUUAUUGAAUAGGGGAACUUCUUCACCUCCGGCAUCUUGUUUUUUGUUUUUUUUUUUUUUUUUUAUUCUUCUCUUUGAUUUGGAAAUAGAGAUUAGUACUUCUUUUUUUCCUCAUUGAGAUUCUUCGUUCUCUUCCACUUUGGAAAGGACGAAUUGAGAGGCUGAUAUUUUAAAAGCAAUUGGUAAUUUUCUAGUUGUUGCUGUGAAUCUGGGGUCUAUAUGAAUUUUGUGGAACGAUGAGAGAUGAGAAUUCAAAGAAAAGCAAGCUCUCAUGGCCUAAAACACUGGUUAAGAAGUGGUUCAACUUGAAAAACAAGGCCGAGGAUUUCGUAUCGGAUGAUAUCGCUUAUAGAGGUGGUGGUGAUGAAGAAUGGAGGAACAACUGUUCAAAGAGGGAGACGUGCACUGUCAAGAAAAGCAAAACAGACAGAUCCAACAAACGACAUCAGGAUCGAACUCGGAGAGGCAAGAUUGACCUCGAUGCUACACUAGUUACUGAUGUGCAAAAUUACAGGAUUUUUGUUUCUACUUGGAAUGUGGCUGGUAAAUCUCCACCUAACUGUUUGAAUCUUGAAGACUGGCUUCAUGCUUCCCCUCCGGCUGAUAUCUAUGUUCUUGGGUUUCAAGAAAUUGUUCCUUUGAAUGCUGGUAAUGUUUUGGGCACAGAAGACAAUGGUCCGGCCAAGAAAUGGUUGGCUUUGAUUAGGAAGACUUUGAACAGUCUUCCUGGCACUAGUGGGAGUUGUCACACACCUUCUCCUAUCCCCGAUCCGGUUGUGGAAUUAGAAGCAGAUUUCGAAGGAUCAACGAGGCAGAAGGCUUCGUCGUUUUUCCAUCGGAGAUCAUUUCAAUCACUGAGCCGCAGCAUGAGAAUGGAGAAUGACAUGUCAGUGCCACAACCACGACUUGAUCGACGGUUCAGUGUCUGCGAUCGGGUUAUGUUUGGGCAUCAACCGGGUGACCAUGAUCCCAGUUACAGAUGGGGGUCCUCAGACGAUGAGAAUGGGGAUUCACCUGUUGCCCCACACUAUUCACCUUUCUCUUGUAAUGGUUUUCUUCCCAUGGAGGAUAGAGAUCAUAGACAUUCAGGACACUCGAGGUACUGUUUAGUUGCAAGCAAACAAAUGGUCGGCAUAUUCUUAACAGUAUGGGUGAGGAAUGAUCUCCGAGACGAUAUCCGAAACAUGAAAGUAUCUUGUGUAGGUAGAGGAUUAAUGGGUUAUCUUGGGAAUAAGGGAUCAAUUUCAAUUAGUAUGUCUUUGCACCAAACAAGUUUCUGCUUCAUCUGCACUCAUCUGACCUCUGGUCAAAAGGAGGGCGAUGAACUUCGGAGAAAUUCUGAUGUCAUGGAGAUUCUCAGAAAAACAAGGUUUCCUAGAGUUCACGGCAUGGGGGACGAGAACUCUCCUCAGACAAUUUUAGAGCAUGAUCGAAUUAUUUGGCUUGGGGACUUGAAUUAUCGAAUUGCAUUGUCAUAUCGAUCUGCAAAGGCUCUUGUCGAGAUGCAAAAUUGGAAGGCAUUGUUAGAAAACGAUCAGUUACGACUUGAGCAGAGACGGGGCCAUGUCUUCGAAGGAUGGAACGAAGGAAAGAUAUACUUUCCUCCCACAUACAAGUAUUCAAAUAAUUCAGAUCGAUAUGCAGGAGAUGUAAGGCAUCCAAAAGAGAAGAGAAGAACUCCUGCUUGGUGCGAUCGUAUUCUAUGGUACGGAAGAGGCCUUCACCAAAUGUCCUAUGUACGUGGAGAAUCAAGAUUUUCUGAUCAUAGACCAGUGUACUGCAUAUUCUUAGCCGAAGUUGAAGCAAUAAACCACAGCCGCAUCAAGAAAAGUAUGAGCUAUUCAAGUUCCCGAAUCGAAGUAGAAGAGCUGUUGCCAUGUAUGUAUGGACACCCUGAAAUGAACUUCUUCUGAGGGAUAUUCUUGCCGCGUCAUGCUUUACUAAGCCAACAACUUAUGAUCAAAUGUCUUACUCUAGAAGGUCUCGUUCAGCUUUCAACCGUUGUACUCGACUUCCUCAUAAAUCCAACCAAAACUCACCCUCUCAAAGUAAAGAAAGGCUCUCUCUCUCUCUCUCUGUGUGCUGCAGGAAUGGAAAAAGAAAAAGAAUAACUUGCUUCUUUUACACAGCAAUGGCAGCUCUCUGAAAAUCUGCAAGAUCAAGAAGAAGGUAGUAGGUACAGACUGCAAAUUUUUUCAUCAGUAAGAUUCAAACUGAUAUGUUGGACAAAAUAAGCAAAUUUUUUUUUUGGGUUCAAGUGUGUAGGGUAGGAAAUUCAAUUUGUAAUUUGGUGGUGGUAAGGUGGAGGGAAGAUUUGAGGAUUCUUUAAAUGUAAUUUAGUUCUAAUGAUAUUCUUGUCUGAUUUUGGGGAAAUAAAACUGAUAUAUUGAACAAAACGGCUACUUCUU